GCAAGCCCUAGCACUCAAUUCAUCUUCAUCAUCUGCUUUUCAUUUCCAGAUCUCUCUCUCUCUCUAAUCGCAGAUCACAGCAAUGGAGGUAGCGAAAGGCGUCCGAUCUGCGGUGAGGAUCAACGGCGGCGCGGAUCAGCACCGCGCGGCGGCGUCGGACUUGGAAUCGGUGUGCGAGAAGGUGAGCGCGCUCGUCUCCGGCAACGCGGUGGUCGUCUUCACCAUCAGCGGCUGCUGCAUGUGCCACGUCGUCAAGCAGCUCCUAUUCGGCCUCGGCGUCGGACCUACCGUCGUCGAGCUCGACCGCGACGCCUCCGGCGGCCAGAUCCUCUCGCUGCUGCACCGCCUCUCCGGCAGCGGCGGAGGAAAGGCGGUUCCGGCGGUCUUCGUCGGAGGAAAGUUCCUCGGCGGGAUCGAGACGGUUAUGGCCUGCCACAUCAGCGGAUCGCUCGUUCCGCUCCUCAAAACCGCCGGUGCUCUCUGGCUCUGAUUUCUUCUGCUUACUUUAACUAACUCCUUUAACCUAUUUCUGUUUCAUCAUCAUAUAUGCAUGGACAGAUUUUAUAUUCUGUUUCUGAGGUUGUGACAUGCUUAUUUCAUGUACAUAAAUUAUGCUAUGUUACCAGAAACUCAAUUAUAAAAACUGAAUUAAUUAUCA